AUGUCUGUAAUUUUUAUAUGUAUUUUGAUGCAAUGGUUCGAAAGUUUGAUUGCAAAAUGUUUGAUGACACCAUAUUUUAUAGGAUGGCGAACUAUUGGCUGUAAGUUGAACUAACUGUUUUUGAAUAAGUUCCAAUUAAUUUUUUAGCUAAUCCUUCGACAAUCAAACUUUGGUGGACUCAAGAUAUAUCAAAAAUGAUUGCAGUGCCAUCAAUGAAAUCGGAUCUUUGGUUUUUCAUUGGUGGAAUUUUUCAAUGGCAUUAUAUUUUAAGCCUAACAACUGUUCUCUUCAUUUUUGCAUUGGAACGAAGUUUUGCUUGUUAUUUUGUGAAAGAUUAUGAAAAGACAUCUCGAAACUAUAUUCUAGUUUUCAUCCAAGUUCUGAAUCAUGCACUUUUGAUUAUUUUAACCUAUUGGUUUUUCUACUCCAUUUUUCAUUUUGUGGUGGCUUUUUGGAUUUGUCUACUGCCGAAUAUUUUUUCGAUUUGUGUAAGUUUUAUGUACUUUCAAAAGACUCAACUGUAUUCUUCCAGAUGUUUAUUUCUACCAAUCAAUACAACAAAAAAGUUAUAAAUUGUUUUGAGACCUCCUACACUUUGGCCUCAAAGUUUCAAGCCAGGGAAAAUUAUCGAGCUCAAAGAUUAGUUGCUCGAGUUUUCGUGUGGGCUUUAGUUAUGCUAACUUUCGGCGCAUUUUUGGUUUUAUUGAUGUUAUUGGAAAUUGUGCCAGGGAUGGAUACAUUUUUCAAUUUUUUAUUGGAUAAUUUGAUACAUUUGUGAGUUUUGGAACUACUGUAGAGAAAAUAUCUGAUCAAGUUUUUUAUUUGAAAAAAAGCAAAGAUUGUUUCCAAAUUUAUUAGACUAGGGGCGGUGCCCCUAUGUGAAACAGUCAGAAAAUCCUCAAAAAUUCUAAAUUUUGAAGAAAAACCUAUUUUCGCAGCUAAGCUGACGUGAAAAACCUAUACCAUCAAGUGUAAUUCAAAGCUUCAUCUAAUCAUUUAAACAUAGUAAUUUAUAAACAACUUUCCUUUAACAUCAAUAGUAAUAAUGAAUAAAAAACUUUACCCAAUAUUUUUCAAUAAAGCUCAAAUCUCACCUGUUAGUUUUGUUCCUCCCCCCAAACCUCAAAAUAAACUAACUUGACUGGUCCUUUCCGUGAAAAGUUGUUUAUUUCUUUGAAUGUCCUGUCCAAACGAAACAUCUUCUUUUUCGAAAGCCUGAAACAUCUACAUUCUUUUUCUCAAAAUCUUCGCCUAUUCUUAAACUUACAUCAGAAAAUGGCAAUUGUGGAUUUGAUGGGAUCCCUGCAUUCUGUGACGGUUGUCUCUGAAAAAAAUAAGAAAAUUGAAAAAUGUACCAAAUAACACUUUCUGCGCCUAAAAAAACCACUCAAAAACCAGAAAAAAACAAAAAUAAAGGUCGUGAAAAAAAAUAAAAGAAAAACAACGAUACUCCGCGUGCACGUUGUUUAGCGUGUUUAUUUUGUUGUUUUUUUUGCAGGGUAGAUGAGAGAGUGUGGGAAAUGGAGAGAGGGUUAGAAAGAGAGAGAGCGAGUGGACAGACAGAGCUGUUAGCUCCCAGGCGUAACAGUCUUAUUUUUCAAAAGACAUAGUUAUUCUCUCACGUAAAAAUUUUUCAUCGAGCAUCAAAAACUUUUGUUUCACGUGGUAAUUUGAAUUGAAUAUUAAAAUACAAAAUCUGUUUAACUUCCGGGUCUCUACAUAAAAUUUUACUUUUCAAUUUGAUUUUGAAAAUCUUUGAGCAAUAACCUUCAGGUACAAAUCCAACAUAAUAAUUAUAAAUAAAUAUUAUUCACAUUUCAAUCUUCAGUCUUCUCAAUUUCCUAACAUUUUUCAGAAACCCUCUAAUCAUCUGCCCUCUUUUUAUAUUCUCAGUCGAUUCUUGGAAACGCCACGUCAUACAUCAUUUACCCGGGAGAAAAAGAGGAAAUCGUCGAGUUCAUGAUCAAACUCCGCCGAGCUCCGCUUUUGAUCUAAAGUUCAUACAACUUCGAAAAGAUACCGAGAUUCAUUUCAGUCAAUUGGAAUCAGCUUGGAUUUGA